ACUGACAGAGAGAGAGGAGGCGGGGCCAGGCGGUGGAAGUGGGCGGAGCCAUGGGGGUCCCAUUGAGUUUGUAAGGCGACGUUGAGGGGCGUUUGUUCGUCUCCAGCUUUGGAACCGAAGAGGGAGAUCUGACUCGUAUCAGGAUGUUACGCUUUCGCCUUCUCCCUGCUGUAGCAGGUUUAGCUGCCAUUUCUAGGCGGCAUUAUGGAACAACCCAGUCCAUCCGUAGCCGGCGCAGGCUGUUGAUGGUGGCUUUUGUAGGAACUACAGCUGUGACAGCAAGCACUGGACUUCUUUGGAAAAGAGCCAAUGCAGAAGCACCAUCGUCUGUGAAACAUGAUAUAAGGACAGAAUCUGGUGAGAAGGUGAAGGAUGGAGAAGAAGCUGUGAAUGAAGAAUGUGAUGACAGGAAAGCUGUAGAGUCAAGUGAUGAGGAUGCUCCAACAGAAGGGAAGAAGAAAAAGCGUUCUGGAUUUCGAGAUCGUAAGGUGAUGGAGUAUGAAAACAGGAUCCGAGCAUACUCUACUCCAGAUAAAAUCUUUCGAUAUUUUGCUACCUUGAAAGUAAUCAGUGAGCAUGGAGAGUCGGAAGUGUUUAUGACUCCACAAGAUUUUGUGCGAUCUAUAACUCCAAAUGAAAAACAACCUGAACACCUAGGCCUUGAUCAGUUUGUGGUAAAACGCUAUGAUGGAAAGGAUUUUUGGCAGACAGAGAGAAUCUCCCAGGAACGUGAGAAGUUUGCUGAUGAAGACAGUAUCUUUUAUGCACUUGGAGAAUGUGGUCUGAUCUCCUUUUCUGACUACAUCUUCCUCACAACAGUCCUCUCUACUCCUCAGAGGAAUUUUGAAAUCGCUUUCAAGAUGUUUGAUCUAAAUGGUGAUGGAGAAGUGGAUAUGGAAGAGUUUGAACAGGUUCAGAGCAUCAUUCGUUCCCAGACUAGCAUGGGCAUGCGCCAUAGGGAUCGUUCAACUACAGGGAACACCUUGAAGACAGGCUUUAACUCUGCAUUGACCACAUACUUUUUUGGAGCUGAUCUAAAGGGCAAACUGACUAUUUCCCACUUCCUGGAAUUCCAGCGCAAACUUCAACAUGACAUUCUCAAGCUUGAGUUUGAAAGGCAUGAUCCUGUAAAUGGACGGAUCACAGAGCGCCAGUUUGGCAGUAUGCUGUUGGCGUACAGUGGAGUGCAGUCUAAAAAGCUCAAUCUCAUGCUGAAGCAACUCAAAAAGCAUUUCCAGGAUGGAGAGGGGCUGACAUUUGAAGAAGUAGAAAAUUUCUUCACUUUCCUGAAAAAUAUAAAUGAUGUCGAUACAGCUUUAAGUUUUUAUCACAUGGCUGGAGCAUCUCUUGAUAAAGAUACUAUGCAGCAGGUAGCCAAGACCGUGGCAAAAGUGGAGCUGUCAGACCAUGUCUGUGAUGUGGUGUUCGCUCUUUUUGACUGUGAUGGAAACGGUGAACUGAGCAACAAAGAGUUUGUCGCCAUUAUGAAGCAGAGGCUUAUGAGGGGUUUGGAAAAACCCAAAGACAUGGGGUUUACGCGACUCAUGAGGGCCAUGUGGAAAUGCGCACAGGAGACUGCUUGGGAUUUUGCCAUGCCCAAACAAUAACCCUAAGCAGAAAGAGAAGACCUGGCUGCAACACUCAGAUGGAAGAUUGUGAAUUCUGCUGUGCUCUUACCAUCUGACAAAUAGCCAUCUUGUUAGAUGCUCCAGGAAUGAAGGCUAUCUCCGAAUGACCACGUUCCAUUGCUGCACUGAAAAAACAAUCCCGGAAGGCAAAGACUGUUAAAGACUGCAAUUUUUUUCUUUCAAGAAUACCUAAGCAUAAACUUGGAUGCACUCUCAAAUUGCCUUUUAUCUUAACUGCCUUCCUUAUACAUAUACACAAAGCAUUUCCUCGUUUUCUCCUUAGUUUAUAUUUUAUAUCUCUCAGGAAGAAAACCCAGCAAAUCACUAGAAUAAUUAGCUUUGAAUAUUGCAGCUGCUGCUUCCCUCUUCAGAGAAAAACGACUGAGCUUGGAGAUACAAAAGAACAAUACUGCUUGCAUCAGUGGUAGCUGACUUUUUGAGUAUUGUGAGGCUGAUAAUGCUUGAGAUUGACGCAGCACUUCCUCCUGCCCUACCCCUGAAGUUUCCUAAAAGUUUUUUAAAGGGAGGGAUGGGGAAAACAAAAACCAGUGUUGAUUAUGCAUGUUAAAUGUCAGAAAGUCAAAACAUCUACUAUUCCUUAAGCUGCCCCAAAUAUGGCCAAAUAAGCGUAGAAGGAUGUGCAAUACCACAAACCUGUUUUUUUAUGGACUUUUGACUUGUCCCUCCAACCCAAUGUGUGUGCUCUCACCUGUAAUUUUCCCCCAUAAUGAGCUUAUGAUGAUUUGUUCUUUCGUAUAAUAUUAAAGCUGAUCUUUACAGAGCA